AUUUUAUCACCACCCAUUCACACUCCAUUCACACUCAUCCCUCGAACGUUUCCAGCAGCCCUCAUCCCUCGAACUCUUCUCCUCCGGUAGAAGGUGGUGUCGCCGCCGGCGGGGACAGACCGUGGGUGCCCUCGUCAUCUGGGGAAGCUCUACUCGGCCCUCUUCACAUCGUUCCUCCUCUUCUCGCCGUUGCACGAAGUUCUGAGUUGAGCUCGUGGCAUCGCCGUCGCGAAGGGUUCCUCCCCUCCUCGCCGUCCAUUGUUUCUGAUUCUUUGCUCCUCGCCGGUUUGUGAUUUUGUGAUUUAAUCUCUGCUCCUCGCCCUCGUUGUUUCUGAUUUUGUGAUUUCAUUUCUGAUUUUGUGAUUUAAUCUCUGCUUCCUUUAAUUCUCAAAGGUGCUUGAUCUGCGGUUUUGCCUCUUAUUUCCAUUUCUCUCUCUCUCUCUCUCUCUCUCUCUCACGUUUUCUUAGUAGCCAAACAACUUGUUCUUGUUCUUGUUCUUGUUCAGGUAGUAGUUGCUGUGUGUAUUGGCUUUGAUGUUUGUGCAAAGGAGUUGAAGAUUGACCACCCUUGAAGUUUGGUAAAUGUGGUCAUUCAUAUCUUCAAAAUUUGCUUCAGGUUGGAGAAGGUGGCACCCAACUUUCUGGAGGACAGAAGCAGAGAAUUGCUAUAGCUGAUUGGGAGUAGCAAAGGUGGUUGAGAACGACGUGUUUGUUUUGAUGAACAAAGAACGAACAUGAAGCUAAGCUAAGCUAAGCUAAAAUACUAUUCAAUCUCAAGCUGCACACUGCUGGGAUCAUUGCUGCCAGUUUCGGAUUGGCGAAUCUUUUCUCCAGGCCCGGUGGAGGGUUCAUAUCUGAUGCAGUUUCAAAGAGGUUUGGAAUGAGGGGUAGGCUCUGGGCCUUGUGGCUUUGCCAAACAUUCGCUGGUGUCCUCUGCAUAAUUCUUGGGCUUGUUGGAUCUUUGAGUGUUUCUGUUGUUGUUAUGAUCAUAUUCUCUGUGUUUGUUCAAGCUACUUGUGGCAUGACCUUUGGAAUUGUUCCUUUUGUCUCAAGACGUGCACUAUGUUGGGACUUUGGAAGAUGGAACCAAGUUUGAUUCCAGUAGGGAUAAAGAUCAACCUAUAAAGUUCACUCUUGGUCAAGGUAUUUAUUAAAGCAAGUACUGCUUGUUUUUUGAUGCCUUGUUUUUCUUGAACAAUCAAUACAUGACUACAUAAAUUUUUGACAUUGAUCUUUGAAACCCAGGGGUAUGGAUCUUUUUUAUUGCGGGAUUUGCCCUUUGAUGCUAUUCAGUUUUGCAUCUAUGAGCAGAUUAGGAUGAGUUAUAUGGCUGCGGCCCGAAGAAAUUUGAAUGAUCCAGAAAAUGCAAUUAUUGGUGCAUUUGCAGGUGCACUAACUGGAGCUAUAACAACUCCCCUUGAUGUCAUCAAGACAAGAUUAAUGGUUCAGGGAUCUGCAAACCAAUAUAAUGGAAUCGUAGAUUGUGUUCAAACAAUUAUCAAGGAAGAAGGACCUAGUGCACUUUUAAAGGUACUACUAUUUCAGCACAUGAAUGAUCUGGUCUUAGAGAAUAUUUGUGACCGUGUGAGGAAAGCUGGGAUGAUGAAGAAGAAGCAGCAGCAGAAAGAGCAAGUGAAGUGAAUUUUGCAGAUGAGAUAAAUGGAAUUAAUACAGGGCCUCCUUCA